AUGUUCCGCCAGGAGCAGCCGCUGGCCGAGGGCAGCUUUGCGCCCAUGGGCUCCCUGCAGCCGGAUGCGGGCAACAACAGCUGGAACGGGACCGAGGCUCCCGGGGGCGGCCCCCGGGCCACCCCUUACUCCCUGCAGGUGACACUGACGCUGGUGUGCCUGGCUGGCCUGCUCAUGCUGUUCACAGUGUUUGGCAACGUGCUGGUUAUUAUUGCGGUGUUCACCAGUCGUGCGCUCAAAGCGCCCCAAAACCUCUUCCUGGUGUCUCUGGCCUCAGCUGACAUCCUGGUGGCCACGCUGGUCAUUCCCUUCUCUUUGGCCAACGAGGUUAUGGGCUACUGGUACUUUGGUAAAGUGUGGUGCGAGAUCUACCUGGCGCUCGACGUGCUCUUUUGCACGUCGUCCAUAGUGCACCUGUGCGCCAUCAGCCUGGACCGCUACUGGUCCAUCACGCAGGCCAUCGAGUACAACCUGAAGCGCACGCCGCGCCGCAUCAAGGCCAUCAUCGUCACCGUGUGGGUCAUCUCGGCCCUCAUCUCCCCCCCGCCACUCAUC